AUGCUAGACUACCCCAAAGAUAGAAUAGAAGUAGUAGUCGGCACAAACGAUUUUUGGAGUGGCGGUGCGAAAUACAAAAUUGAUAAAUACAUUAAUCAUGAAAACUACAACCGCACUUCAUUUGCGAACGACAUAAGUCUUAUUCUAGUGAACAGGCAAAUACAGUUGGGAGAGAAAGUUGGUUUAAUUAAAUUGCCAACAGAGGACACUCCAGGCGGACUCGAUUUGAUAAUAGCUGGAUUUGGAUAUAUUGACAAUUACCACACACGACCCAAAAGAAUGCAAAAGUUGACUGUGAAAUCACUAACAGUAAAAGAAUGUCAAGAGAGUGAACUUAAAAAGGAGGAAAGAUGGAACCCAAUCACUGAUAAACUGCUCUGCACUUACAAAGAUGUUCGCCAAGGCAUUUGUCAAGGUGAUUCUGGAGGCGCUCUUGUCCAUAAUGGAAUAACAUCCUGGAACAUUCCAUGUGGUAGAGGGGUGCUAGAUGUAUUCACCAGGGUUUAUAAGUACCUGGAUUGGAUUUGUACGACUAUUGGAAAACUUCCAAUACCUACUUAA